UCUCAUCUCUCCUCUGCCAUUUCUUGUUUCCCGUUGCAACCAGAAACAACGUACGUUUCUUUCUUUGGCAAUCAAUUGAAACAGAUUAUCGUUCGUUUCUUUCUCUGGCAAUCACCCCCAACAGAUUGGCAUUUGAUUACGAUACCUAUCGUGUUCUUAAUUGUGAUCGGAAAGUGACGUAAUACAUCACUGUCGAUUUCAAACAGAAGCGGAAGAGAUGAGUUUCAGGGAUGAGAAUGAGGAAGGGAGGGAUCUCAGGAAGCCUUUCCUCCAUACCGGAAGUUGGUACCGUAUGGGAUCCAGGCAAUCCAGUAUGAUGGGAUCAUCGCAGGCCAUUCGUGAUACCUCCGUUUCUGUUCUUGCCUGCGUCUUGAUCGUCGCUCUCGGUCCAAUCCAGUUUGGUUUUACCUGUGGCUAUUCAUCUCCCACCCAAUCUUCGAUAAUGAAGGAUCUACGACUCACAGUCCCGGAGUAUUCUGUAUUCGGUUCUCUAUCCAAUGUGGGUGCUAUGGUUGGGGCUAUUUCCAGUGGUCAGAUAGCCGAAUACAUUGGUCGAAAAGGAUCUUUGAUGAUUGCUGCAAUUCCUAAUAUUAUAGGGUGGCUUGCUAUAUCAUUUGCAAAAGAUUCUUCUUUCCUUUACAUGGGGAGGUUGUUGGCAGGUUUUGGUGUGGGAAUAAUCUCAUAUACGGUUCCAGUAUAUAUUGCUGAGAUAGCUCCUCAAAACUUGAGAGGGGGCCUUGGUUCAGUUAACCAGCUCUCUGUCACCAUUGGAAUAAUGCUUGCUUAUCUUCUUGGACUUUUCGUACCAUGGCGACUGCUUGCAGUUCUGGGAAUUUUGCCUUGUACUGUUCUGAUACCUGGUUUGUUUUUUAUCCCAGAAUCUCCUCGGUGGCUGGCGAAAAUGGGUAUGACGGAAGAAUUUGAAACAUCCUUGCAAGUUCUUCGGGGAUUUGAUGCUGAUAUAUCUAUUGAAGUGAAUGAAAUCAAGAGGUCUGCAGCAACCACAAGCAAAAGAACAACAAUUCGAUUUGCAGAACUCAAGCGGAGAAGAUACUGGCUUCCUUUGAUGAUCGGUAUUGGGUUACUAAUGUUGCAGCAGCUUACUGGAAUUAAUGCAGUGUUGUUCUAUUCAAGUACCAUAUUUGCAGCUGCUGGGGUUAAAUCAAGUAAUGCUGCUACGUGUGGGCUCGGUGCAGUCCAGGUUGUUGCCACUGCAGUGACGACAUGGUUGGUUGACAGAGCAGGCCGUCGAAUUCUCCUUAUCGUGUCCACAGCUGGAAUGACGUUUAGUCUUUUAACUGUGUCCGUAGUCUUCUUUUUGAAGGAUCUUACCCCAGACACUUCCAAUUUAUUUAGCAUUCUGAGUAUUUUAUCAGUUGUUGGUGUCGUGGCCCUGGUGGUAUUCUUUUCUUUGGGUCUUGGGGCUAUUCCAUGGGUUAUAAUGUCUGAGAUUCUUCCCAUCAAUAUCAAAGGUCUCGCAGGAAGCAUGGCAACGUUAGCUAACUGGUUCAUUGCUUGGUUGGUCACAAUGACUGCAAACUUGCUUUUGGAAUGGAGCAAUGGAGGUUUUUUUUUCCUACUUCCUUCUCUCUCUCUCAAUAAUCGAAUUGCAUUAGAUUCCAACAUGCUGCUGCUGCUAUUGGCUGCAGGAACGUUCGCCAUCUACAUGUUGGUUAGUGCUUUCACAAUGGCAUUUGUCAUACUCUGGGUCCCGGAGACGAAAGGAAGAACGCUGGAAGAAAUUCAGUUCUCCUUCAGAUAAGAAAGUUGUUUUUUUUUUUUUUUUUGUUCGGUCACUUUUUGGUGCCCUGCCUGUUGGAAAGCAAGCCUAUCUAUCAUUUAUCACUUUGCAACUCCAUCCAGGAGAACAAUGCACUGCAAAAUAGUAAAUAUGCGUUUUCCCCUCAAUCUAUAAAAGUGUCAGUGCCUUGAAGCCGGUACUCUCUGAAAUUCCCUUGUGUUGCAUCUUUGUAAUAUUGGUACAGUUUCUGCAAGAUCCUUUAAGUGGUUCCUAAUUAUUUGAUUGGUUCAUCAAUUCAUUCAUUGUCUAAAUAGUGGCACACUAGUUACACGACCAAUAAGCUUUCUGGGUGGAAAUAUGAACAAACCUACAACCUUUCAAGAUUUGCAGAGACCCGUUCUAAAACAAAAAGGAUAAACAAAAUGUUUUGGGUUAUUGAUCUUAACUCUCAAAAACAGGUGGGAA